AUGCCAGACGACGAAGAAAAAUUGCAACUUCGAUUAGACGUCGAACGAUUCAAACGAAUGAUCAAAACGAAAGAUGAAAUGAUCGAGGAAAUGGAGCACGAGUUGGCGAAAUUCACGAAGAUGAACAUGUCGGAUUUGGGGAUUUCGGAACGCGAGAGGGAGCUACGCGAGAAAUUGUGCGAAUUUCAAAAUGAGUGCGACGCGAAGACGGCGCAAUUGGUCGAGAAGGACGCCGAAAUCGAAUUGCUCAAGAAAGAAGUGAACCGAUUGGAGAUUUCGAAUCGCGAAUUGGUUGAUCGGAUGGACCAGACGACUUUAGAUGUUAAUGAAACUGCCAACUCGUUUAGUGAAGAGGAAUUGCUGAAAAUGAGCGCUGAAAUGGAGAUUUAUAAGCAUGAGCUUGUGAAGCUUCACGAAGAGAACGCGGGCCUUCGAAAAGAGUUGAUAGGGAUGAAGGAGAACUAUGAAAAUACUUUAGCCCAUGUUUCGAGCCUCGAGAAUCACAUUAAAGGGAGAAAUGAGGAAAUCGAGAAGUUGGAAGGCGAAUUGUUCGAUUUGAGGAAUCGUGGCGAACACGCCGCGAAGGGAAACUCGAUUUUUGCCGAAGCGAUGGAAGCCGAGCAGAAGCUUGAAGAGGACCUGAGAACGGUUUAUAAGGAGAAGCUAAUGCUUCAGAGAAUGAUGAAGCGGCUUCAAAUGGAGAAGGAGGACGCCGAGCAUCGAGCGCGAACCGCGUUGAAUCGGGCAGUAGUGGCGCGAGAGACGAUCAGUGAAGCCGACUUCAACGAGAUGAAGGGUUUGAGGGAUAAAAUUCGCGAUUUGGAGCAAGAGAAGACGCAUUUGUGGGAGAAGCUGUUCAUAAAGUUGAAAUCGGCGCCAAAAAAGGACACCAAUCCGAUUAUAAUGAGUUUUUUCGAUGGAUUCAAAUGCUCGAUUGAGAGCAUGAAGACAUCGCAGAACACCACCGCCAAACAGCUCGAGCAGCUCAUUGUGAAACACUCGAUAUUGAAAUUGUCGGAGGAGCAACUCAAGCGGGAGAAUGAGAAUUUGCGCGCCGAGAUCGAGGCGCUCAAAUAUAAAUUGUCGCAAAAUCGAAACGGCGAAAAAUCGACGAAGCCGUUCACUCCAAAACCGCCGGUUCCAGUUUAUAAGCCCUCGUUUUUCUCGAAAGCUGUGGUUUCGAAAGAAGCGGGAAUUGAGAAGCCAAUGGCGAAUGUCACACUGAAUUCAUCGAGAAGAGAACCCAAAGAGAAUGAUGAGAAUGUUGAUGUUGGGAAGACGCCGAUGGCCGCUGAGCGACGUCGUCAGGCGAUUCUUGAGCGCAACUUGAAGCCGACGGUUCAAUACAAUUAUGUGACAUUGACGAAUGCAGCGGACGCCGUCCAAGGCUUCAAACCGCCAUUGCUCACCAGCACACCGAAAAAAUCGGAGCCCUAG